AGACAUCCCAACAGGGGCUCAUAGUAGAGUGCAGCUGCUGACCCAAAACUUAAGAUUUAAGGAGAGCUGGUGUGUCGGCGUCACACUGCUUUGGACAGCAUGAAGGCUUUCUUAUUCACCUGUAUACUGGUGCCGUGGCUGGUGGCAGCCUCGGCCAGGAAGUUUGACCAGGACUCACAGUUGAUACUGGGAUCUCUACCUGUCAGGGAGCUGAAUGGAUACGUGCGUGACCACAGUGACAUUUUGAAAUCAAGGAGGGCUAGGAGGGCGCUGCCUCUUGCUGAUGAACCUGAUGACAGCCCAAUCCCAGAAGGAGAUGUCUCUGACCUGCCCACCUGCCUACUGUGUGUGUGUCUGACUGGUUCAGUAUACUGUGAGGAGGUCAGUCCAGACAUGACCAGUGUUCCCACCCUGCCUAAAGAGACAGCCUACCUGUAUGCCCGUUUCAACAAGAUCAAAAAGAUCAGCACUAAAGACUUUGCUGAAAUUGUGACCCUGAAGAGGAUUGACCUGACGGGAAACCUGAUCUCAGAGAUUGAAGACGGGGCAUUCUCUAAGCUAACCCUUCUGGAGGAAUUAUCUCUGGCUGAGAACAAACUGGUCAAACUUCCUAUGCUCCCUGCCAAACUCACAUCCUUCAACGCAAACUACAACCUCCUCAAAACCAAGGGCGUCAAAGCCAAUGCUUUCAAGAAAAUGACCAAGCUGGUCAACCUGUUCCUGGCAAAUAACCAGCUGGAAGCUGUUCCACACAUCCCAGACAGUGUUAGGAUCUUACAUCUUCAGAACAACAACAUCACUGAGGUCAACAUCAACACCUUCUGCAGGUCCAAUGAUACCUACUACCUACGCCCGAGCCUCAGUGAGGUCCGUAUGGACGGCAACCCUGUGGUGCUGUCUAAGUACCCCGACAGCUUUACCUGUAUGAAGGUACUACCUGUCGGACGGUAUCGCUGAGGAGGCACAAACUUUACUGUAGCCCCUUUGUUGCUGAUGGAGAAGUUCUUUCACAACAGAGUGCUGGGCAAUACCAUGACAUUAUAGAUUUUGAGGUGCUGGUCCCAUGGUGGGGAUAACAAUGUCAAUGUUUUUACUUACCUAACCUACAAACAGCUUGUGACAUUGUCAGGUCAAAAUGACACCAUUCACUGGACUGAAAGUGUAGAAUUGAAGGAGUUUCUCUACUCUGGCCUUCUUCUGUUGUACUGACUCGUAGGGAGUACCAGACAUUUAAAUAGCAGCAGAAAGAUGCACAUGAGAGUUGUUGUUGUUGAGUCAUAGUCACAUGAAUUGGUGCAAAUCUACCUGAGAAGUAGUAUGACCUCAAUAUGCGUCUAAAAUCAGUGCUUCUUCUUGUUAUGAAUAUCCUAACUGAAAAGCCUGCAGUCAUUGCCGCCUUGUAGCUGCAUCACAUUACCUCCCUCAUGUCUCUCCAACAACUCUGUCUUUUGAAUCAUGUGUUAUACUCAGAUGUUCCCAAGAAAAAUGAUGGAAGAGCUUGACAAAGAAGUUCAAACCCCACCUACUUUCACACGUAGGCAGGGUUCGUAAGAUUUCUGUUUCAGACAACAACAACUGUCCAAAGCUUUUGACAUACACUUUGUUUGAAGCACACUGAAGCAUUGACAAUGGGACUGUAAGUGACAAAUAAAUUUAGGCCACCUGUUCAAAAGACACCAUAGCCUUCUUAAUGUCCUUACAUAAUGCCAGUAUAACUGAUGCAAUGCCUUGAAUGAGUGGAGAAGCUUCAAACACAUCUAUGACAGUCCAAUUUAUUGUUUCAUUUUGAUCUGAUACUAUACCUUGAUGAAUGACGCUACACAAGCUGCUUGUGACAUUGAACCAACACACAUGCAGUCACAAGCCAACAGGCUUGUUUCUAACUUCCUGUACCUAUUAGUUUAAAACACAACAGGAAAAUUUUUUCACACACACUGAAGUGAAUUCAAGCAUUUUCUUGCUACAACUAUAAAUACUAAAGAAAAAAGAUAAUCUAAAACUUGUAUUAGUGUAAAAUCUCUAAUUUUGAGGUUUUACAUGAAAUUAACAACAAAAUGUUUUAGAAUAUGACAUCAAGUAAAAUGUCUAACAGGUGCUUUUAAAAUGACCCACAUGUUUCUCUUGCCUUGCUAAGCCAGAUCACAGUUUUUAUCAUGCACAUUAUGGGUCAUCUGGAAUUUCAUUUGAACAAAAGUGCGGUUAUUGAUUAUGUGUAUUAAUGCUUUUGCAUGCUUCAUUUAAAAUUUCCACACUAAAAUUGUAGACAAAGUUAGUUUGUGAGAUUUUGGCUGGCUUUGAGACUAACACGUUGCAAAAAUAAUAAAAGUUUUAAAAACAGAAGUUGACAUACUGUCACCACUGAAAUUAAAUGUUAGUUUAAGAAACAGACCAUGAUUAUAGAUGUUUUUGGGUAAAGCACAUUCCAAUCUGUAUUUUUUGUAGUUAAUAAUUUAGUCUUGAUGAGAAUAGGAGGGACAGUGUCUUACAAGCAAGAUUAUUACAUGACAAAAAACAGAAAAAGGAAAAUAGCCUGUGAGCAUUGUUAAAAUUUCUCAUUAAAUUAAUUGUCUGUUCCUUUGAGAUGUCUUGCUUGUCAGACUAUUGAUCCCAGCUGACACAGACAGCUGAUAAACAUUAGAUUGUCCUGGUGUGCCAGCAGGAAUAGUCUGUAAAUGACUCACUGAGUGUUCGCUCAGAAAAAUAAACAACACUGUGGGAUUUUCAUCUGCCAUUGUGUGAAGUGAUUUAAUUUUUAUCACUGCAUUAAAAUGCCUCUACAUAAGUCUAUGGCCAGACUUGUCCAAAUGCAGGCUUUCUUAAGCAUUUUGUGACUUAGCUUUACUUUGUUUUUUUUAAUUUAUAGACUCCAGUUGAAGUGAACUGGGGAGAGAUGUAUCUAUGAACUAUAGUAAUGUGAAAGUUACUCCUUUUUAUUUUGUCUGCUUUUAAAAUGUCUUGCUUGUGUCCCUAACUCUUCGCUUCCAGUAAUAAAAAAUACUUUAGAAAUGAUUACUGAUGUGAAUAAGACAGUGGUGUACAGGAAGAUGUGUAUGUGACAUGAUAUUGUAAUAAAGUUAAACUUUUUUAAUUAAAAAUGUGUUUG